GCAUAAUCACAGUACAUCGUCUCCCUCCCUUUUCUCCCCCUAACCUUCUCCCUGCACACAGCAGCAGCCGAGGAGCAGACAUGCCUGGUGUGUGGAGUUGUGCGCAUGCGCCCGGUUAGUUGUGCGCAUGUGUACGUGUGUGUGAGACUAGAAGAAAAAGUGGACGAGAUGUCAGAGAGAGGACCGGUCAUUUAUGGCGUGGAGCAUCAAGGUCGAGGGUUCACGGCUCGAGCUCUGGCGGCGAGGAGCGGCGAGACGGAGAAGAUCCAGUUCCUGUGUGGGACCCAGGGACUCCGUCACGAGAAUCAGGUGCAGUGCGGGAGGGAGACGGUUGGCAUGAGCCGUGGUUAGGAAAGUCCUGCUCGCAGGUUCAUAUGCUGGACUACGAUGACGACACUGGAGUAUUGGAUAGGACUUCUUUCCCCCACCCUGCAGGAGAGGUGUGGGACAUAGCUAGUUGUCCAGGCGACAGUUGCUUGGUGAGCACCGUGUUCUCGAAGGUUGGUGGUGAGGACUGCCAGGGAGGUGUGGGAGUGUGGAGAAUGGAGGGGGAGGGAGAGGGAGAGGGGGAAGGAGGCACACUACAAGAGGUGUGCCUUCUCACCCAUGACGGAGUCCCAAAAUGCUCAGUUUGGUCUCCAACCUCAUCUCGUCGCCAACUGGCCACUGUGGAUGACAAGACAGCAACACUCUGGACAUUGGAGCAGGCCUCUGCUUCAGUGCAGAGUACAGUUCAGCUGGACGGAAAAGGUCGUAGUCAUGGUUACUGCAGUUCCUGUUGGAAUCCUCAUCAUAACCACAGUCAGUUGCUGGUGUCAUGUGACUCUGCCCUUCACUGCUGGGACCUUCGCUCACAACAGAUGGCGUUCUCAUUGGAUGCUCCCCAUGGCCUAUAUGACUGUAGAACCAAGUUUUGGGACGCCCGGAAACUGACCACACCCCUUCUCUGUCGACAAGACCACUCCCACUGGAUCUGGUCAGUCCAGUAUAACCUGUUCCACGACCAGUUGGUCCUGACGGCCAGCUCUGACAGCCAGGUUGUCCUCAGUCGCCUGCCGUCCAUUGCCUCUGAACCUCUCAGACACAUUGAACCAGAUGAGGGAGAGGAGGACGAGGAGAGACCCCCGAGCCCCAUGACAGACGAUGUAAUCAGAACAUUUGAGGAACAUGAGGACUCCGUGUAUGAGGCAGUGUGGAGCAGUGCUGAUGCCUGGGUCUUUGCCUCUCUCAGUUACGAUGGCCGACUCGUCAUCAAUCACGUACCCACACAGGAGAAAUUUGCCAUCCUGACAUCAUAGUCACAGCCACUAAACUAGAACUAUUAUAUAAAAUAUUUCGCACUUAAGAGACUAGGUGGGCUCACUUCGUUUGCCAAUUAAUUAAAACACACCCAGUAGUGGAGAUAAUUAUAUCUUGUGC